GCGGAAUGAAGAGAGGGGUAAAAUCUCGAGGAUACAAGCAUAGUACGCCUAUAGCCUGCUUCUACUAUACAGGAAGGCAAUUCUACAUAGAGGUAAGAUAGAGGUAAGAUGAUGUGAGGCAUAGUAAGGGGUCUCGGAAGUAGACUCUGAGGCUCUGCAGAAAGCAAAAAGAAAAAUUCGAAAGAUGCAAUGGUAUGUCCUAUUGGAUACUUAGGAGUUGCUAUGUAGCCCCCUCGCCCGAAGACGUCGUUAUUGUAAUAUUCGCAACCCAAUAGUUGACAAUAUGGCGUCUUUUCAAGUUGGAUUUUAUGCCAUAAUUAUCUUGUUGACGUGUAAAGUCAUCCUAAUUAUACUUGAAGUUUUGUUUAAUAAUACGCGGAAGCCAAACGCCAGGUUCUUAGUCGUAUUUGGAUAUGUAUCGGCAUUCCUAGCCCUACUACUCGGCUGCGUGUCCUUCGUAGGGUUGCGAGCAAAGGGGCCAGACGAACCUGGCCAGUGUGAAAAUGCUGAUGCUGAUAUAGUUGGCGAUGGUGUUCGCGCGGCCGCCUGGACACAAGUUGGAAUAUUAUUUUUUAUCACUCUUACGGGAAUAUUCCAUUACUAUAAGACGGCUGUGAAAGAGAUUGGUGGCGGGUUAAUUAUCACUCACGUGUCUUUGGCCAUUGCGCUUCUUGUUCCAUUGGCUCGUCGAGAACUCUCCCCUAUUGACGCAAUACUGGGGUCUUUGAUCCUCGAUGCGCAAGGAAAUUCCCUCUCUAUUCAACUAGUAACGAAGGAAACUCUAGCAGCUCGAUGGCAAGUGGCAAUAGUUUUAAUAGCUCAGUUGCUUGGCCUGAUUAUAGAAGGUAUCCUGGUGGGUAACUUCAUUACAAAUUUGCGUCCUACUAGAGACUGCGACUGCUUCUCUGCCUUCUGGUGGGCGUGGCUGAGUAACUGUCCGUCGGCGUCUCCGAACGAAAUCGAACCUUUCUGGAUUUAUUUCGGUUAUCGGUUUAUCAACAUUAUUCACGGGGGCUACUUCGCCAUCACGCGGACAGGGAUUUAUGACGAUGCUGAGAAGUGGGAUAGAGAAAACCCAUGUGACCCUUGUGAUAAAUGUCGCGAAGGAACACCGCGGAGUCUUUCCUGCCAAUGUCAUCUCUGCGAAAAAUGCCGUUAUUGCAAAGUAUGCAAGAGGAGGGAGCGCUGUCAUCAGCAUCAACCUAUCGUACCGAUACAGAACGACUCUUUCAACGCUAUAAUUCUACGAAACGGCGAUAUCUGCCGGGAUUGCUACAGAUGCGAAAAGUGUGGACACAGCGACCUUGACGCCGGCUACUCAGUACUGCUAGCUGGCGAACGAUACUCUGAAAAUUCAGUAACAGUCAGCAUAAACUUCUUAGAAAGCAGCGUCCUCGCACUCCUUAGUAUGGUCUCAGCCGAAGUCACGAUGAAUAUUAAUAUGGUACAAAAAACAUCACCUUUAUAUGCUGUUGGCCAGGUUACGGCUUUAGUUAUAGCCGGCGGAACGGCUGCUCGAGCACUUUGGGUUUUCUUAUACAUGUUUGACGGGCGGGCAACACAUUCAGCAUAUUAGGCCAAAGGAAUACAUUCCAAAGAAACAGUUUAUUAUGAUAUGUUCAUAGCCACCAAGCCCAUACGAAGAUUUACGACAUGAAACGCAACUUAACGAAGCUAAAUUAGAAAAGGUCAGGGGGGAUAAAAAGGUUGGUGUUUACACGAAUAUACUUUAGCACAACGGAUGCGUAUACAAUUACAUAGCUAGCUCAGAAAGACACGGAUAUACGAUGUUGAUAUAUAUACCAUCACACCUGGUAGCUCAAUAUCCUAUCCUAACCAGGUAGUUAGGAUAGCCUAUUUAAGCUACGGCUGAGGUUUACUAAAGGCCCAAUCGAAUAGUACCAAGAUUUGAUAGGCCCUAAUUGUCUUAGCUAUGAGAUAAAGAAUAAACAUGGAGUGGGAAUUAUGCAAUACUUCGGACCAGAGCGAUGCUACCUAUACCCAUGCCUAUAUACCAAAACCAUAUCUUCAAACUAGGCACCUACAUCUCUACUCAUUCUUCCCCCCCGUCACAGCCUCAACACCCUUAACAACCAACCACCUAGCCAUCAUAGUAUGAAACCACCUCCCAACCCACCCCUCCAACAGCGUCGCCUUCCCCCCCUCCUUCUCCCUCCACAUAACCGUCUCAUUCACAAACCUAACCUCCCCCUCCCCUUCAUCCUUCCCCUUCCCCUUCCCCUCUCGUUCCCUC